GAUGCCAGAAGAGCUCCCAAGCUAGCUUGUUGCCAAUCAUCAUCUUCAUCAUCUAAGUGAUUGGAUGGAUAACCAAGUGCAGCAGAUAUGCCAUAUCAAUCUUCUGUAGGUUUCAUGCCCACCAAAACGAAUCCCUCAUAUUACAGUCUACCCCCUGAUACAAGCUGGUGGCUUCAACUUCAACCUAGCUAUGGGUACCAAAAAUAUUUAACACGUGAGCAGUUGAAUGCUUUGGAAACUGAGUUGGAAAGCUUGAGAACUAACAUUGUAGGCUCACCCUCUAAAAAUGAAAUUUGUAAACAAGAUGAUGAAGACAACAUGUCUCUGGAUGGCAGCAAGAAUAGCGAGUCAUCUCUUGAUUCAUAUUAUAGGAUCUCUGCUGAUUAUAUGAAGAAAGAUUGUGAUGUUAAGAAACAAGAGCUAAAGGGUUUAUAUGACAAGGAUUUUCAAGAAUUUAAUGAGCAUAAGGAUGCAAGGAGGAACUCCAAGUUGACGGAGAUGGAUCUUAUUGGAUGGCCUGAAUCACGAAAGGACAAUGAGUAUGGCUUUGAUCCAGAAUCAUCUUGGAUUGGGAGUGAAAAGAACAUGCCAUGGUGGCGCCAAACAGAUAAAGAUGAUCUGGCCUCCCUGGUUGCACAGAAGUCACUUGAUUAUAUUGGGAAUUGUGACCUUCCCGCACCUCAAAAGGUUCACAUCAGGAAAUACCCAUGUGCUCAUUCUGGAUCUUUUCAGCAUGAUAAUACACUGGCAUCAUCUCUGGAUUGGGAGGCACAAAUUGGCUGUUUCUCCUCCGCCACUGGUCAUGUGCAGGGCUGUCCCAAAUCUGAAGGCAUGCCUGGAAAACAAAGAGGUUCAACUGAAGGGCAAUCACUAAGUGGUUCUGACAAGGCAUGCAGUUAUGCAGCAACCAUUAAGGAAGCUGCAGAAAUUGGACAAAUUUCUGAGAGUGAUCCUUGCAAGGCUCAACUACUGGAAGCACUCCGUCAUUCUCAGACACGUGCAAGGGAAGCUGAGCAGGUAGCAAAGCAAGCAUGUGCUGAGAAGGAGCAUAUUGUCAAACUCUUCUUCAAACAAGCCUCUCAACUCUUUGCCUAUAAGCAGUGGUUCCAACUGCUGCAGCUCGAAACCCUUUACUACCAGAUGAAAAACAGCGACCAGCCAAUAUCUAAUCUCCUCCCUGUAGUUCUUCCAUGGAUUCCUCAAAAAGGUAGGAAACUGUGCAAGAGCUGGCAAAAGUCAUCAAAGGGUAAACGAGGCAAGGAAUGUCAUCCAAAGCAUGAUAUUGGCAAGUAUGCUGUUGCUUUUGCAUUAGGGUUGGGUCUUGUUGGUGCUGGGUUGCUUGUGGGAUGGACAGUGGGUUGGGUGCUGCCUUUCUAGAGUAUCAGCCAAAUUCCCUCUUGUGAAAAUUGAUUUACAACGAAACAUUUGUUUCCAUGUAUGUAUUUUUUUUUAUUUGUUCUUUGUCCUGAUGUUACCUCUGCGUAGAUGAUGUGUGGAGCUGUUCGUGUGUAUAUUUUGGGAUGAUUAUGUUCUGGCUCCAGAAGAUCUCAUCAAUCUUCUCUUUUGGUGAUCAUCUGUACAUUUGAUUGAACUUUAGUAUUGAUCUAGUAUUAGUGUUGCUAUCU